UCUUCUUUUAAUUCUUCUUCUUACUUAAAACGCCGAGUGCCGCUUUUGUGCAAAUAUCGCGGAGUCACAAAACAAUAGAAAACGCGAUUUAGCCCCCCACAAUCUUCGAGGGACUGCUGCGAUUGAGCUGCGGAUCGUCACCGUUUGCCUUAAUUUGUGGCCUCGACUCCCCCCCAUCGGCGCCACGCCAAGCACUUUGGACGUACCGGAAUAGAACUGACUGCUAUCGAUGGAGGACCGUACGAGCUCUGAAAGGGCAUAUGGAGGCUGCGAGGGCCCCGAUGCCAUGUACGUGAAGCUGAUCUCUUCCGAUGGGCAUGAGUUCAUCGUAAAACGCGAACACGCGCUUACCUCCGGUACGAUCAAGGCAAUGCUCUCUGGACCGGGUCAGUUUGCGGAGAAUGAAGCCAACGAAGUGAACUUCCGAGAAAUACCCUCGCACGUCCUCGAGAAAGUGUGCAUGUACUUCACGUACAAGGUCCGGUACACGAACAGCUCGACCGAGAUACCCGAAUUUCCCAUCGCACCGGAAAUUGCCCUCGAGCUGCUGAUGGCAGCCAACUUCCUCGAUUGCUAGGUGCCACUAAACUCGGCUGGUGCACACAUUUAAUUUGUUUCCCUCCUUUGUAAGCCUACUACUACUACUACUACUACUCCUUCUACAAGACGUAGAGAUCAGACUGUUCAACAGGAACACAAUUCACGUGCCCUGCCCCUCAUUGAUAAAAGAUAUCUGAGACUAGCGACUUCAAAUUUAGCGCUUCAUCCUUCCCGCAACUACACUUCCUUCCUGCAAGGAUGUUCUUCCGCAAAACCGAACCUUUUCAGCGUCACUUUGUUGGUUAGUUCCAUACCGUUGCUCCGUGACAAAUAAACUAGGGUGA